UGCGGUGUGCUGCUAUUGCCCUUCCGGCAGGGCAUCAGCCUGCUGCCCGGCCUUCGGUUCCUUCCAGCCGUCUUUAAAGGGCUGGGUGUUCUUCCCGAGAUGAGUUUGGUGAUUAAAAAUCUGCAGCGGGUGGUUUCCGUCAGGAGAGCGCCACUUCGCAGGAAGAUGGAUAUGGUCAGGAGUAUUUUAGGAGUGAAGAAAUUUGACCUGGGGAUCAUCUGUGUUGACAACGAGAAUAUUCAGCACAUUAAUAGGAUCUACAGGAAUAAAAAUGUCCCAACUGAUGUGCUUUCUUUCCCAUUUCAUGAGAACCUGAAAGCGGGUGAACUUCCGCAGCCACGUUCACCAGAUGAGUAUAAUUUGGGAGAUGUUUUCCUAGGAGUGGAGUAUAUCUUCCAGCAGUGCAAAGAAAAUGAGGAUUUCCACGACAUCCUGACGGUGACAGCCACCCAUGGACUCUGUCACCUUCUGGGUUUCACCCACAGCUCCAAGGCAGAGUGGCAAAAGAUUCAGUCCCCUACUUCUGUGAAGGACCUAUGAUCCUGAUGAGACUUACAUGAUCUCUGUGGACCAGUUGCUGAUGUGAAGGCUCCAGCCCAUGUAUGGACCUGGUUGCUCUCUUCUCUGGGCCAUCUUUAAAAUCUCUGCUGAGGGUGGGUGGGUACAGGUGUGCAUAGAAUGACCUCAGUCCCCAUCACCACGCUUAAGGGGCAUAGCCAGGUGAAACUUCCCCCAGUCACUAGGGCCCCCUGAGCCCACUACAGGACCUGCUCAGAUUCUUCAGCCCUCCACACGUGAGCCUCGGAACAGCUGGAUUGAGAGGGACUAGGAAGACUGAAUGUGAGGGCGGGUGCAUGCGCACUCCCCCGUUGCUUCCAUAAGCCGGUGUUGCUCACAGAGCCAGGGUACUUGCAGGUGCUAAUAUACUUCCUCCUGUUAACCCAGCAAUGCCACGCCAUCCAAGACAGACAACAUCUGUCAAAUUUUACCCUCUCUCAAAUUAACAACUAUAUGAGAGACAAACCAUGUUAGAAAUUACCAUGAAACCGGGAAAUUGUAUAAAGUCUUUAUUUGUUGCUUUUAACAAAACACCCUAGAACAACACCCUGUGUGCACUGAAGGGUGGUUCUGUAGGAAGCAGAUGUCACCACCCUGGAGCCCCCUUGGAAGUGUGUUGCAUUGACUUGUUCAUCCAUGCGGACAUCACAUCACCGUCUUCACUGUGUGGGCGCCAGGUCAGGCCCAGACAGCCCACAUGGGGCUAACUGGCAACUGUGAAUCAUCUUGCCUCUGACCUGUAGGGUGCCAGCGAUUUUAAAGUGGGCACCAGCUUUUUGGUGAGAAACUUAGCAAAUGAAAAAACUUAAGCAAUUGAAAGCUUACUAGAAUACUUGAAGGUAACAUCUAUAGAGACAGGUGGAAUUUAGCACGCCAGCAAUUCCCAACUACCAGGGCGGCAGAGGCAGGAGAAUUGCCGGCCUUAGCAACUCAGUGAGGUGCUAUCUCAAAGUGAUAAACAGGUCAUGAUGUCAGCGUAAUAGAAAGAGCACUUGGCUAGUGUGCUUGAAGGCCUGGGUUCUCAGAUGGGCUGGUGGACAUGCUUUUAAUCCCAGUCCAGGAUGGCCAAGGCUAUACAGAGAAACCCUAUCUCAAAGAAAAAAAAAAAAAGAGAGAGAGAAAAAAGAAAAAAGCCUGGAUUUACUAUAAUACCACAAAAUAAUAAAUCUUUAAAAAUAAAACAUUAAGCCAGGUGUGCUGGUGCACUUGCAGUGCUUGGGUGACAGAGACAGAAGAUCUCUGUGAGUGUGAGGCAAACCAGGUCUAUACAGUGAGUUUCAGGACAACCAUCACUGCAUAAUAGACCUUGUCUCAAAACCAUUUAAACAACAAGGUUAGGCAGACAUUUAAUCUCAGCACCCAGAAAACAGUGGCAGGUGGAGCUCCUUGAGUUCAAGGUCAGCCUGGUCUACAUGGCCAGCCAGGGCUACAGAGUAAGACCCUGUCUCAGACAAACAGAAAAGGAUUCCCGGCCUGAUUGCACAUGUCUAAUCCUAGCAGCAGGCAAUCGAAAACAGAAGGGCUGUAAGCUUGUUGUCAGCCUGGUCUCACAACAACAACAAAACCAAAAGGGAAAUCAUCUUUGCCAAAACAACAACAACAACAAAAAGACACCAGAAAGUAAAGGAAGCGCGCACACAUACAUGAAAGAAAGCUGACAGGGCCGGGGUAUGGAUGGAACACAGACAGUGGUCAAACACCCGCUCGGAGCCAAGGUACAGUGUGUGUGUGUGUGUCUCCUGGAAAGAUGCUUAGUAAGCAGCAUGCACAUCCAUUUACUACACAGCCUGCAGGCGGCACGUGUGUUAUUGUUAGAUUUAAAAUUUUUAUAUGCGUGAGUGUUCUGCCUGCAUGUGUGAACGUGUACCAUGUGCAUGCCUGAUGCCCAGGACAUUGAGGACAUUGAAUAUCCCGGAACUGGAGUUACAGACAGUUGUGAAUUGCCGUGUGGUGCUGUGGAUGGAUCCUGGGUUCUCUGCAAGAGCAACAAGUGCUACAAGUCUUGCCACCGAGCCACAUCUCCAGCCCUUUUUUGUUUGUUUGUUUUUAGAGACAGGGUUUCUCUGUCCCACUCGAGCUCUGGCCUUGAACUAGAGAUCUCCCUGCCUCUGCCACUCUAGUGCUGGGACUAAAGGUGUGUGUCACUAUGCCCAGCUCCUUAUUUUAUUUGUAAUUAUGUUCAACCAGCCACAGAGGCUGUGUGUGUGUGUGCAGAAGUGGAGGCCAGAGGACUUCUCCUUGUUCGUUCCCCCCUCACCCCCAAACCUCCUGCACCCCCAUGUCCUGAGGAUAAAACUCAGUUAUCAUAUGUGACAGCAAGCGCCUUUACCUGCUGAACAGUUUUGUUGGCCCUGUAUAUUUUAACUGAAACCACAUCACAAAUUUGACCAUUCCAGGCAUGACAAUGGGUCUUCGCCAGUUACUAUAUUUGACUUCCCCUUGGUCUGUGUGUAGGCAUGUGCAGCACAUCAAGGAAAUAACAGAGCUUCACACAUGUUCAAGUAACUGUCUGCCACUGAGCUGGCCACAGCCUCAAUUGACUUUUUAUUAUUAUUAUUAUUAUGUAUACCAUGUUCUGUCUGCAUGUACACCUGCAUACCAGAAGAGGGCACCAGAUCCCAUUAUAGAUGGUUGUGGGCCACCAUGUGGUUGCUGGAUAUUGAACACAGGAACUCUGGAAGAGCAGCCAGUGCUCUUAACCUCUGAGCCAUCUCUCCAGCCCUCAAUUUGACUCUUAUUCCAGCCUUCCAUAGGAAUGCUUGAAUGUGUAGAUGGCUGUAAUGAUCUAUUCUGAUUUUGAGCUGCUUUUCUUUCAUAAUAAAAUGUUUGUAUCUUG